UAUGUGGAACCAAUUCAAGCGGAAAUUAUCUUGGGCGUGGCAAAUAAAAUGGCGGAAUCCCAGGAGGAAGAUCAUGGAAGUUACAGAGAACUGCUAAAAAAAAUAAGUCACCCUCUGGUAGAUGUCAGGUCCAGAGCUUUGAGGAGCAUCAAGUUUAAACUGAGCAGUGGACUCAUCACAGCCUCGCAGCUAUCCAAUGAGAGGCGCUUCCUGAUACACCUCAUGGAGUGGUUCAAUCACGAGAAAUGGAUACACGAAGGACUAGCACUGGAAAUACUUAGAGAUGCAACUGAAUUUGAGGCGGCAGUCACAACGCUCCAGGAAGUGGGUGGGGUCGAGUUCCUCUCUCAGUUGAGACCUCAUGUCAAUCCUUCAUGUCAAGAAAUGGUUGACGAAAUGUUAGAGAAACUACUGCACCUUCCAUCAUCUUUUACUGAUCAUAGUCACACCAGCAGCAGUAGCCAUCCAUCCAUUGGGAGUGCUUCCCCUAUUACGUCUCCAUCUUUUAACCACACCCAUAUCCACACCCACCAAACAGCAUCCCCUAAUUCAGACCACACCCAUUCAACUCUUAGUAUCGGCAGUAAUCUCUCACAAACUCAUUUAUUGUCUAGUGAUGGUCCUAAGAUUGAUUCUGUUUUGGCCACACCCCCUCCUACUCGUGAUUCUUUGAACAACAGUUACGAUGCUACCCUAAAGUUAGGGUCAUUUCCAUGGUUACCGCUGUCGAAAGUUGACAUCAAAGUUUUGGGGAGUACAUUGUCACGCCUCCAGUCUGGUGACAGGGGGUGUGUCACCAGUACUUGGGGCUUCAUUGAGGAAGUGUUACUCAACGAUUUUCCUCCAGAAGUGUUCCUUCAAAGACCUGAUAUUGUUGAACAUCUUUUAGAAAAGUUAAAAGAAGAUGUCCACAUUAGGACAGGUGAUCACACUCCUCCUCUUUCUACUCUUCUCUCUCUUGUACACAAACUAACUGGUAGACUAGAAGUGCAGAUUAAUCCUUUGGCACAAGAUAGCCAUCACCUGUUUAGUUAUAAAUUAUUAUCAAAAGAUGUCGAGGAUCACCCCAAAGACAUGCUCAUUCAUCUUGCGUCUAAGGAAAUCAGCAUUCAAACAUUUUGCUGCAACGUUCUAUCUGUCCUUGUCGACCUGUUACUUCUCUCUCUUGAUCGACAUUUGCCUUGGCUCGAUUUUGGUUGCCGGAGUCAUGAUUUUCCUGGCGACGAGCUGUAUUCAAUGUUUGGGAGGUGUUUAGAGUGUUGCUCAUGUGUUUCAGAUCUACUACUUAUCCUUGUAAAGGGACACGGUCAGAUUUCAAAAGAGAAAAUCAUAGAGACACUCGAUGUCUUUGCUGGUGCUGUUAUUAAGUGUCUCUCGAAACUGAGGAGGUGUAGGGAGAGCGGGUUGACCCCUCACCUUCUCUUAAAGUUGAUAUGUCCACUAGCGGGUCUUUUGUCUUACUGGUUCACUCUACUCUUAUGCCAUUCCUCUCAUCUCUUUGAAGCUAAUGAUAAAUACUUGUUGUCCUCACAAGUUUGUGUUGUAUUCAAGGAGAUUCUCGCCGAUCCUUUUGUUAAUAUUAUUAUUAAUAGUAACAACGCAAUAUUAGGAUCAUUAGAUUCAUUCAUUCAAUCCACUGAUAAUGGACUCUGUAAUCUUUUAAUCAAGGAAAGAGCUCUUUGCUCGUCUUUUGAACAACUCUAUCGUUUUCUUUCAUUUUUUGACGAAACUAAACCCACUAAUAUUAUGCCCAUCCAGUUAUUGGAAGUAGCUGGGGACAGUUUGUCUGGUCUGUCUUUUUGUUGGGGUCCUAAUGAGAAGAGAUUUGUGACGCUAGCAAUUGAGAAUAUCAGUAAAAUAUUGCUUUCAGGUAAAGGGGAUGAUGUAGAUCUGAUUACGAAAUGUCACAAGUUCUUAAUUAAUUUAGCAUCUCAUGAAAGAAGAGAAGUUAAAAUGGCAGCCUACAAGUCAUACAAGGUCUUCUUAGAAGGAAGCUGCACAAGGCUGUCUCCUGUCCUGUUUCCUUCUGGGUUUGUCCUUUCCUUGUGUCAGGACAUGCUCUCUGAGGAUUUAAAAGGACUGGCAUUGCCUUUAAUAUCAAUGAUUGUCUUAGAUAUUAAGAAAAAUAAUGAUACUAAUAAUAAUAAUAAUAAUAAAGAGACUUGGGACAAGCAAUUGCAGACUUUAUUGCAAUCCUUACCAUUCGUUGAGUUUUCUGCUCAAUCUUCUCACGAUAAUGUGCUCCCUUUAAUUUAUAUUUUACUUGAUUGUGCCUCUUCCCAAAUAAGGACAUCCUCGCUCCUUCGCAUGCUCUACUCAAAGAUUAAAAGUAUUCGUGAGAAGUCAUUUGACAAGUUAAUGAGAGAGUAUGGAGAGAAAUCAAUGGUGGAUUUCUCUGAUGUUCUCCUUGUCUCAUCUCCUUUGCCUCCUUUAUUACAUUUCUAUUGUCCAUCACUUGCUCUUAGUUCUUCAACCUUUAAGUGUGAGGAUAUUUGCAAUCUUUUAUCAGUUGCUGGAUCUAUAAAAGUUGAUGUAUCAUUAAGAGUCUCAGCAUUGGAUCAACUGAGUAGUAUAUUAAAAGAUAUCUCUUUGCAUGAGAUGGCAGUCAGGGAAGGCCUUCUCUCUCUUCUCCAGAGGAUAAUCCUAACAGAUCAGACAAAGACUGUUAAAGAAAGGGAAGACAUUUUAUCCUCUUCUCUCAAUUGUCUCCAGCUGCUAGUCCUGGGCAGUGGUACAGUUAGGAAUGUCAUCGUGUCCAAUCAUCAGUUUAUGUUCACAUUAUUUAGAGUUUCAUUCAUAUACAAGUCUAUCAGGUGUCUAGUAUCACAGAUCAUAUCACUAAUAGUAUUUUCAGCUAUUCUUCAGUUCAGUCCUUCUCCUCCAGUCAACGUAAUAAAGAUGAACACCUUAUUCCUUCCACAUAUCCAGUUGCCAUUUUCUGUCCAGCCUUUGUCUCUGCCCACCAGUACAACUUCUCCCGCUCCAACUCAUAUGACAUCCUCUCCUCCUAAUCGUAGGAGACUCUGGCUUCAUUAUGCAUUAGCUGUUGCUAGGGGUGUGGACAAUAUCCCCUCCGCUAAUGGAGAGGGGGAUAGGAUGGGGGAGGGGCCGUUUCUAAAAGGGGAGGAGUUUCUUUUUGGUGAAGAUAUCACUAGACUUGAAUUGUCAAAUGUUCUAUUUGAUUUACAGUCUCUCCUAUACACUUCAUGUUAUACUAUGGCUGGAUAUUAUUUAAGUUUGCUUGCUAGACCAGUCAAGCGAGUUUUUCCUGUUUUCGAGUCUUUAAAAGUCUCCCUCUUGCUCUCCCCUCUCUCUGCCUCCUCCCACAAGAGCCUCUCGUUUAAUAUUCAAGAAGUAUUUCAAAAGUUCCUUACUAAAGCCCCAAAGACCAAGGAAGACGAAAACAUUGCAGUGUCUACCCUUAGUUGUUUAAGAUCCAUUUCUUCUAAUUUGAUUGGUCGAUCACAAUGGGAGUGGUUAUUGAGCUCGGUAGCUUCAAAAGAUGGUUUUCUCGUUAGACAUUUAUUUUGUAGAGAAGAAGACACGAACAAGGAGCUAGUGAAAGAGUUUCUUUUAUUUGUAUCUCAGUCAUUGACUGAGGCACCAGCUCAUAAUGUUUCAUUGCUACUAAUACUGACACAAGUCAUCAGCUCAGACUCAAAUGAUAGGUCUGUCUUAUAUUUGUCUCUUCAAUGUAUCCUUAAUAUCUUGAAGAACAUUAGCAGAAAUAAUGUGAAUUUUGACAGGAUUGAUGCAUUAAGUUCAUUAAUGGCCUCAGUAAGAAAGUUAAUAUGGUCAUCAGUGACUGAGAGAGGUACAUCCUUUGGCUCUUUUAUGCUAAAAGGAAUUACAAGAUUGUGUGUACAAUGUCUUUCUUAUUUAUUGUUCAUCAUACAUUCAAUGAGCAUCAGCAAUGACAAAGAUAAUAAUGAUACCAUUAUUAACUGGUUGGAUGAUGACAACAGCCUAUUAUGGAUACACUCAUUGCUCCAUGACAGAGACAAUCAAGUCUCCUGUGCUACAUACAGCAUAUUAUCAAUCAUUUCUUCACAAUCGAAUGGAGUCAAAGUGCUACUGAGAUCAUGGAAAGAACUCCACACUAACGGGCUGCUUGGAGCAAUGAUUGAUACUGGAAUGAGUCACACUGAAUCUGAUUGGAUUAGACAUCAAGCUUUUACCAUAUCAGUUAAUAUCAUAUAUCAUGGAGAGUAUGAUAAUGAUAUUAGUGAGCUAAUGGAGGAUACUGGAUUGAUGAAGUGCCUUUUAUCUGCUUUUGAUCAACUUAUUGCUAAUUGUGAUGAAAUACUAACUCUUGAGGAAGCAAAGAAAGUUAUACAAGAAUCCCAGUCGCUCGAUCAUCAGGACAAACAAGUUGAAAGGACCGGUCUGACUGGUUUUGUAGACUGGAAGGUCCUGACUUAUCGUUACUUCAGUGACUGUCAGUUUUUAGUAGUUUCUGGCAUGUGCCAGUUUGUGAGUAUUGCUCUAUCAUUAAAAGAAACUGCAAUAAGAGCUACCGUAUUGAAGGACAUGGUGACAUUUAUUAUUAGGCUACUAAAAUCUAGUAUUUUUAAAUUUAUUUUCAUCAUUUCUCCAUCACUGUGGGAUAAUCUAGCAGUGUCAUGGCUUGAUCUAUAUAUUAGAGUCAUAGCUUUGCUUCAUGUCAUUUCUGUAUCAACUAUCAACAGCUCUUGCAUUGAGUCACAUGAUCAAGGGAUAAUGUCACAUGACCAACUCAAAGCCACAGCAUCUCAUUCCCUCCAGUUAAUGCAAUGGAGGGAUAUUCUGCCACAAGGCUGUGCUUCAAAAUUUGAUGCGUUGUGUCUAGAGAUUGUUAAAUUUUUACGAGGACUGACGGAAGAAGAAAAAAAGAGAGAGGCCAUUUCUGAGAGAGAAGAGAUUGUAUGGAAGUGCUUGAUUGAAGAAUGGAAGAACUUCACAGAGUUGUUGGUGUACAGUCUAACAUUCGAGAUACAAGAACUAUCAGUAAACUGUCUGACACUUUUAUCUAGACUCCUAUCAAGAUGUCAUGUUAAAAGACCUCUCAGUUCAUCAUCUCAAGGCUCCAUCCUCUCACCUUCCUCCUCCUCUUCCUUUUCGUCUCUCUCUCCAUCAUCAUCUUCCAGUGCUUCCAGGUCCUCCUCUCUCUCUUUCUCUCUUCUCUCUGCUCUUGACAGUGAUACAGUGAGGGAGUUAUCAAUGACUUUAUGGGAAAAGUUUGAAGUCAAGCCAGUAGAAGGGGAAAACGAAAAACUAGCUCUAGUGAGAGAACUCUCAUGGAUUGGACUGUGUCUUUUACUAGCAUCAAGCCAGACAGCUAAAGAGAUUAUGAUGGAAGCUGGUCUGGUGGAAUCAGUGACUGAGCAACUUAUAUCACUUCACACUAAAUUGACUGUUGAUUCUCUAGCUAAAUCAUCUAAUAGGAAAAAAAAAACAGUAUACACUGAAGUUAAGGAAAUAGUCAAAUGUUUUAAACUCCUUCAGAAUGCACUUCAUGACAACAAUUCACUUAAGUUGGUAGCUGUUAAAGCUGGCCUCAUGAAUGCUCUCAGUAUUUUGUGGCCAUCGAUAGUUAUCAAUAUGACUCUACUCAAGCCAUUUUUACAGCUCCUAACUGUUUUUACUGCACAUUGUCCUGAGGCUCAUUUGGCUAUGUUGAAUGAUGGCAAAGGUCCUACAGUUGUUAGUGGCGUUAGUUUAUAUCAGCAGUUACUAAAGACAGCAUCAUUAUCCAUCCUAUCCAACAUGAAGAGCACGUCAACAGAUCAAUGCUCUCCACCUCCUUACUCUCUUGUCCUGGUAGAUCUAUUCUCUGUUUUAUGUAACUCUGUCUCUUCACAAGAAUGCAGAGCUGUUAUUAAAAAGACGAAUUUCCUCUCUUCAUUUCUCCUCAUUAAUCCUAAAGUUGAUCUAGCGAAACAUUCUGCCUCCUCUUCUCCUUAUCUUCUUGUCACUGAAUGGCUCCAUCUACUUGUUAACUAUACUUUCACUAAUGAUGGAAUGAGUUUAGUAGCCAAGCUACAAGGUUCAGUGGAUCUACUGUGUGACUUGUGGGCACAUUUAAAAAGGAGAAGAGACAAACUCAAUUGUGUCGCUAUAUUGAGAAAUCUUUGUUUCUAUGGCCCUAGCAAAGCUCCUCUUGCUUCCAAUGAGAAAGUGAUGGAUAUUUUUAUCAAAUGUUUGAAAACUGAAGAGGAAAAAUUUAUCAAAGUAGUGACAGUUGGGGUUCACUCUUUACUGUAUAAUUGUAGCAAGACAAAGGUUUUAAUAAAGCAUAAAUUUUUACACCAAGAGCUUUCUAAAACAUUCAAUUCAUUGAAAAGUGAAGGUACAUCAUGUAUGAUAUUAUUACCCAAUCAUUCAUGGAACUCUGAAAACUUAAAUUUUCUUUAUUCAGGAAAGGAUUUGGCAGAUCAAGUACACACUGUCUUAUCAAUGAUCGGCCAGUGAAAGUACUUGUAAUGUAUUAAUACUCAUACUGCACCAUCUGGAUGAGAGUGUUUAGCUGAACUGGUUAUAGAAUUAUUUAUUAAUAAUAAUUAUUCACUAUUAUGGCACAAAAAACAAUUAGCAUUAUUAUUUAAAAAAAUAAAUUAUAAUGGCCACAUUUUAUGCAACUAAAAUGUGACUCA